GAAACCUUGCCAUUCCAUGAAACACAAGGCGCCCACAGCAUUCAUUAUGGUUUCUUCGAGAUGGCUUUUCUUCCUCUCCGCCAUUUUCAUGCUCACAGCUCUAGCCAUCGCUCAGUCUGCAGAACCCUUGAACCAUUUUUGUUUAUAUGAAAAGGGUAACUACACGGCUAACAGUACCUACGAGACAAAUCUCAAUCAACUCCUCUCCUCCGAUGUAUCCUCCGACACCGGUAGUAACUCUGGCUUCUACAAUUCCUCGUAUGGCCAAAACUCCGACCAAGUACAUGCAAUCGGGCUUUGUAGAGGCGAUGUUAACUCAGAUGUCUGUCGUGAUUGUCUCAACAGCGCUAAGUCACUUCUCCCACAGCGCUGUCCCAAUCAAAAGGAGGCAAUUAUGUGGUAUGACUACUGUAUGUUUCGCUACUCAAAUAGCUCAAUUUAUGGCGUCAUGGAAACUUCUCCUUCAUUCUUUAUGUGGAACACCCAAAACGUAUCGGCCAAUUAUGUGGAGCAGUUCAAUGCUGUUCUGAGGACCUUGAUUGAAAACCUGACUAGUCAAGCUAAAGAUGGUGGUUCUCUCCGCAAGUUUGCUGCAAAUAGCGCGAGCGCACCCGAGUUUAAAACGCUAUAUGCACUUGUGCAGUGCACGCCUGAUUUGUCUAUGGACGACUGCGAAGGUUGCUUACGCGGGGCUAAGGAAGCCAUCCCACAAUGUUGUAACGGGAAGAUAGGUGGGAGGGUCGUUAGACCCAGCUGUAAUAUCAGAUUUGAGACGAAUCCCUUCUUUGACUCUACAACUGAUGCGUCAGCACCACCAGCCAAUAACACUCCUACAACAGGAAGCAAGGGGAAUAGUACGUCUCGCACAGUCAUCAUUAUAGUUGUAACAAUUGUUGCUUCUGUGAUACUACUUAUCAUCACCAUCUGCAUCUAUAGGAGAAUGAGGAGGUGGCCAUGGGUGAAACCUGAAAGUGAACCUGUGGAUGAAAUAGGAAGCGUGGAGUCCUUGCAGUUCGAUUUCGACGCCAUAAAAGUUGCUACGGAUAACUUUUCUGAAGAAAAUAAGCUGGGGCAAGGUGGUUUCGGUGUUGUUUACAAGGGUAAGCUUCCCAAUGGGCAAGCCAUAGCUGUGAAAAGACUGUCAACAAAUUCCGGUCAAGGGGAUUCCGAAUUUAAGAACGAAGUCCUGUUGGUGGCCAAGCUUCAACAUCGCAACUUAGUUAGGCUCCAGGGCUUCUGCUUGCAAAGAAAUGAAAGGCUUUUAGUUUACGAGUUUGUGCAAAAUACAAGCCUCGAUCACUUCCUUUUUGAUCCCAUCAAGCGUGCACAUUUGGAUUGGGAAAGGCGUUACAAAAUCAUAGGAGGCAUUGCUCGAGGGAUGCUUUACCUUCACGAAGAUUCUCGACUUCGUAUUAUUCAUCGUGAUCUUAAAGCCAGCAAUAUCCUUCUGGAUGGGGACAUGAAUCCGAAAAUAUCAGAUUUUGGCAUGGCAAGAUUGUUUUUGUUAGAUCAAACUCAAGCAAAUACAAGUAGAAUUGUGGGGACCUACGGAUAUAUGGCUCCAGAAUAUGCCAUGCAUGGACAAUUUUCACUGAAGUCUGAUGUCUUUAGUUUUGGUGUGUUAGUACUGGAGAUAGUGAGUGGACAAAGGAACCAUUGCUUUCGAAAUGGUGAAAAUGUGGAGGAUCUUUUAAGCUAUGCGUGGAGAAACUGGAGGGAGGGGACUGCUUUAGAUAUUGUAGAUUCCACAAUGAGCUCUGGCUCAACAAGUGAAAUGAUAAGAUGCAUCCACAUCGGGUUACUAUGUGUUCAGGAAAAUGUAGCUGACAGACCAACCAUGGCUUCAAUCGUUCUCAUGCUUAAUAGCUAUUCCAUCACACUUCCAGUACCCUCACAGCCUGCAUUUUUUAUGAACACUAGUAGCAUUGAAUCUGAGAUGUCAUCUAAAUGGGAGCAUAGCAUAGGCGUAACAGAGUCAGAUGAGAGAUCCAAGCGCAGCUCUGUCUAAACCGCAGCAAAUGAGGCUUCGAAUAAUCAGCUCUAUCCUCGAUCGCUAGCAUUCUGAACUGACUUAUUACUAUGGCGCUCCAUGAUCGGUGAUCCUGUGCUCCAUGUCGUGUUGAAUCCAUUGUAGUCAGA